AUGGGCGAAAGUGGCGGGAGUAGCGAGGAUAACGCCGACGGCAGUAGCGGCCCACCGGGUGGUUCACGACCCGCUGAAGAUGAUGAGGAUGAUGAUGGCGUUGAGGCUCAGCGAGACCUCUAUAGUGACAGACUGGAGAGGUUGAGGACAAAGUUGGAGCAGAAGUACAAUCUGGAUCAUAUUGAUCAGGUGUCCUACGCUCUGGCUGCUGAUAUCAACCACUCCAGGGAGGGUGGAGCAACUACUGGAAGGGGUAGUGACGAUGAUGAUGAGGUCGAAUCCAGCGCUGAUACCGAGCUGGCUUGCCUGCUAGCUGAUCACUGCCAGCGGUAUGGCAACUUCUCCUCCGCGCGGCCACCUCGGUUUCUCAACAACAUCUGCACCGCCAUGCAGGACAACAUGAGUCUCCAGAACGACGAAGCUCAGGUUCUGUCCUUUAGAUUCUUUCAAGGCUACUCCAACAUCAAGCGGUCGAUUCGCAACCGACCGGAAGAGCUUCUCGCCACGAAAGGCAUCGCUACUGCGGCGCUGACAAUGCCACCAUCGAAAGCCAAGAUCGUGGGCGGACGCACCCGCAGUAAGCAGCAGAAGCUUCUACGGCGGCUCCGGGGAGAGCUUGCGGCAGAAUAA